CUCAUCUCACCUUUCCAUCGUCCUGUGAUCCAUGUACCAUUAUUUCAGUCUGAGCUUUUAUGUUUGGAAAUGAAGGAUCUUAACUUGUGGUUGAUAUGUUGUUAUUUUGGGUGAUCAUCAAUGUAAAAUAUAAGGGUCCACGUCUCACCCAUCUUAAUUUAAUUCGAAAGGGAUACUGGUUGGUCAGAUUUGAAUGAAAAAAAUAAUAAAGGCUUCUUAGUUUAGUUAAGGUUGUAUUGAUGCUGAUGUGGGUAGGGUUGUGGUGUGUUUAUUGAUUUGGUUUCUCGGGGACUGUUUUUGUGAGCUUUUAUAUAUUUACAUCCAAUAUUCAUCCCUUGGCGAUCUAAGAAAGAAAUCUGAACAGAAAGGAGAGACAGCUAAAAUGCAAGGAGGAUUAAGAACAUUUUUGUCCAACGGGAAUGUCAUUAAAAAUGCUGUUCUGCAACGGGUUCGCAUGGUGAAUCCCCUGUUGCAACCAAUCGCCUCCUCACGGUUUGAAUCUGUUACACCUGCUCGCAUUGAGGAACAUGGUUUUGAGAGCACAACAAUUGCAGACAUCAUGAAAGACAAAGGCAAGGGUGCAGAUGGAUCCUGGCUCUGGUGCACCACAGAUGAUACUGUUUAUGAUGCUGUUAAAUCGAUGACCCAAAACAAUGUUGGGGCUCUGGUUGUUGUGAAACCUGAUGCGAAUAAGGCAAUUGCAGGGAUUAUUACCGAAAGAGAUUACCUGAGAAAGAUCAUCGUGCAGGGAAGAUCUUCCAAGUCUACCAAGGUUGGAGAUAUUAUGACUGAGGAGAACAAACUUAUCACAGUCACUCCCAAUACCAGAGUUCUACAGGCUAUGCAACUGAUGACUGGUAUGUAUGAGCUUUGAAACAUUGUUUUAAGCUGUCAACUAAUAAAAAAAUCAUCUUUAAUCAUAGUUUGUAAUUGGAUAUUAUUAUAAC